AUGAUGAUAAAUGACAACCGCUCGGCGUUCGAAGAAAGUCAAGGCUUUGCAGAGGGCACUACGGCAACAGCGGAGUGCACUCGCCUAGACGGAAACCACUUUCACUGUCGCCACCACUGUCCACGGUCGCCGAACGGACCGUUAACGCCCGCCGACAAACACUCGCGCAAUCUAACGCGCGAAUGUUUACCGUGCAUCGGCCGCUACCGCCAAAAACUCUUCACAAUGGUCGAGAAGCGC